AUGGGUGGCGGUACCGAGCCAAAGGGAAAUGAUUCUUCCUACCCUCUCUUCGCCGAGCGGCCCGUCGGUGUUCCCAAAACGAGCAUUCUGAAGGGUCGCAUUGAACCGUUCUAUAAGUCAGGACAGUACUAUAAGGUCAACUUACAGGCGAACAUGGAUAAUGCUAGAUACUCAGGCAAGCCUCAUGUGCAACUCUCCGUCUGGGACGCACCAGAUCUUUCCCGUCCGACAUUUGAAGAUGCUGUCAGUCACGAAUUCAGGGAAACCCAUACCGGCACUUCUUUUGGUCCUUCCUGGUCCACUCAUUGGUUCAAGGUUAUCCUUCGUAUUCCCGAGGACAUCAAGCAUGAAGAGCUCAUUGAACUGCAUUGGGAUGCCAGCAACGAGGGUACUAUCUGGACAGAGGAUGGUGUCCCCAUUCAAGGCCUCACUGGCAGCGGAGAGCGCAUUGAGUGGAUCAUUCCCGACUCAUUCCGCGAUGGCGAAGAGCACACUAUUUAUAUUGAAAUGGCUUGUAAUGGCAUGUUUGGAAACGCUCCCAACGGCACUACUACCAUUGCUCCGCCGGAUCCCAACAGACGCUUCAACCUCAGCAAAGCCGAUAUUGUGGCUGUCAACGUACCAGCUCGCAAGCUUCACAUAGAUAUCUGGGAGAUCGGCGACGCUGCCCGUGAACUUCCUGAAAAUUCGGCUGAGCAGAAUCAUGCAUUGGCUGUAGCCAUGAAGAUCAUCAACACCUUCGAGGUCAACAACCAGGACUCUAUCCUCAAGUGCCGAGAAAUUGCUCGUGAAAUUCUCGGUCCCGAUGUUGACUCUCACAAGGUGUAUGAAGUAGGAAAGGAUCCCGUCGUCUUCGGAAUUGGUCAUUGCCACAUCGAUAGUUGCUGGCUCUGGCCUUGGGCUGAAACAAAGCGCAAAGUCGUUCGCUCUUGGAUGAACCAAUGCGAUCUCAUGGAGCGCUACCCAGAGGCCAAUUUUGCUUGCUCCCAAGCUCAACAGUACAAGUGGCUCAAGACCUACUAUCCUGCUGCCUACAAGCGAGUCAAGCAGAAGGUAAAGGAGGGCCAGUUCCACCCUAUCGGUGGUAGCUGGGUCGAGCACGACACAAAUCUGCCCAGUGGUGAAUCGCUUGUGCGACAAUUCUUCUACGGCCAACGGUUCUUUGAGGCCGAGUUCGGCUCGAGAUGUCGCACGUUCUGGCUUCCUGACACUUUUGGAUAUUCGAGCCAGCUUCCUCAACUCUGUCGCCUGGCCGACAUGGAUCGUUUCCUGACCCAGAAGCUGAGCUGGAACAAUAUCAAUAACUUCCCUCAUACGACAUUCAUGUGGAGAAGUAUUGAGAAACACAAAACGAUGCGAGUUGACAGCUCUUCUCUGCUUGUCUUCGGCAAAGGUGACGGCGGUGGCGGUCCUACUUGGCAGCAUUUUGAAAAGCUCCGUCGAUGUGCUGGAAUUAGCAACACUAUUGGUGGAAUCCCAAAGAUCAAGAUGGGCUUGACCGUUGACGACUACUUUGAUCGACUGAACCAGAAAGCCACCGAGUUCCCUACCUGGUAUGGCGAACUCUACUUCGAGCUACACAGAGGAACAUACACCACACAGGCCAACAACAAGUACUACAACAGAAAGGCCGAGGUGAUGCUACGAGACAUCGAGCAAUUGGCCACGUUUGCAUCGAUCAAGAACAAGAAGUACAAGUAUCCAACCAAGGAUCUCGAUGACAUGUGGGAAUCUGUACUUCUCUGCCAGUUCCAUGACUGUCUACCAGGAAGUAGCAUUGAGAUGUGUUACGAUGAUUCUGAUAAGGUUUACGCUGAAGUUUUUGAAACUGGCAAACGUCUUCUGAACGAUCUCUACGAUUCGCUCAAUGUUGCCAGCCAGUUCUCAUCCUCUCUCAAUGAAUCGGUGGCUAUCAACACAUUGCCUUGGCACCGAAAGGAGCUCGUAGAGCUCUCCGAUAGUGAAGUCGGUGUCGCAUGUGGUGACGGCCAACUACUAGCCCUCCGCUCGUUCAAGAUGCAAGAGGAGAAGCCUGCAGUCACCGUAAUGGAACAGUCAACCGAUGUAUAUGUCUUGCAAAACGACCAACUCCGUGUUGUUGUCGACAACGGCGUCAUCACAUCGAUUUACGACAUUGAGAAUGAUCGUGAGGUUGUCGAAAAGGGUGGUGAGGCGAACAAGUUUGUCAUAUUCGACGAUAUUCCGCUUUACUGGCAGGCUUGGGAUGUUGAAGUUUACCAUCUCGAUGCCCGCAGAAAUGUUGAAUAUGGCAAGACCAAGAUCUUUGAACAGAAGCCCCAUCGAGUUACUCUCGUCACUGAGAUAAAGAUCAGCGAAAACAGUUCUAUCAAGUCAUACACCACCCUCUCAGCGGCUCUUAAAGGCCAACCUCCUCAGAUUGAUGUCAAGGCCAACGUCAACUGGCACGAAGAUUCUAAGUUCCUCAAGGUUGAAUUCCCUGUCAACGUUGUCAACAAUGAGGCUUCGUACGAGACAGCUUUUAGCAUCACCAAGCGACCAACCCACUACAACACAAGCUGGGAUAUGGCCAAAUUCGAGGUGUGCUGUCACAAGUUCGCUGAUCUCUCAGAGAACAACUAUGGUGUUUCUAUCCUGAACGACUGCAAAUAUGGCUUCGCGACCGCCGGCAAGAUGAUGCGAUUGUCACUUCUACGAUCGCCCAAGGCACCCGAUGCCAAUGCUGAUAUGGGACGUCACACCAUUCGAUGGGCCAUUCUUCCCCACAAGGGAGGCCUGUCUUCGACCACGGUCAAGGCUGCGUAUGCUUUCAACAACCCUCUGAAGCCUGUCACUGCUUCCAAGGUCGCCCUCGAAAGCCUUUCUAGUGCGCCCAUCAAGCUUGUCAACACUGACGAGUCCGACUCUCUGGUGCUUGACACCAUCAAGCGAGGCCAGGACGAUGAAGACGUGACCCGAAAGGAGGGUUUACGUGUGAACAAGGGCCAAAGCAUCAUUCUUCGCGUAUACGAAUCACUGGGUGGUCGCAGUCGUGGUACAAUCAAAACGAGCUUUGACGUCAAGCGUGUCACCAAGACAAACAUCUUGGAGGAUGACCUGGAAGAAAUUGAACAUGAAGAUGGCAAGAUCCCAAUUACGCUGCGACCUUUCGAAGUCGCCACCUUUAAACUCCAGCUGUAG